AUGGCGUUGUUUUUUCUUAAUUGUUUAGGUGUUUUUAAUGAUAUACGUUAUUGGGAUCUAUUGAUCAACAGUAUCAUUGCAAUUACAGAAAAGUGUCAAGCGGAAUGCGAGGCUCUGAGAGACGUUCGAGUGUCCGUACCGACUGCGGUCCGCCGUGGCGACUCGCUGACGCUGCGCUGCUUAUACGACAUAGAGGACGACAACCUGUACUCCAUAAAAUGGUACAAGGAUCGCAGGGAGUUCUAUCGAUUCACACCCAAGGAAAAUCCGAGCAUGAAAGUGUUCCCGAUUCAUGGAAUCAAUGUCGAUAGAUCGCGUUCCAAUGACUCGCAGCUGGUGCUGACGGCAGUCGAAUCAACGGUGACAGGACAAUACAGCUGCGAGGUGACGGCCGACGCGCCCUCCUUUCACACUUAUCUUGUCGGCGGCGACGUAGAAGUCGUAGAGACGCCGAGACAUAACCCCAUAAUAACGGGUAUAAAACCGCGCUAUAAGAUCGGAGACAUAAUGCGCGGCAAUUGUACUUCGAAGCAUUCCAGGCCACCAGCCAACAUAACAUGGCAAAUAAAUGGACACUCGGGUGAAAAAGCUCAUCCUAAGAGAGCUUUCGUUCGGAAAGCUCGCGCUGCUAAAGAGCGCAAUGACUAUGCAUUCUUUACAUGCUCUUGUUUUCCUUCCCUCGGCGACUUUUGGUUUUAA